AUGGCCCAGGUCACCGGCAUCACCACAGGGUUUGGCAUCAAAUCCCCUGCUCAUCACGCCAAUCUUCUGUUCUUCGCCUCCGUGCUGGCCCUGCUAGCCCCUCUUCUUGCUGUGAACAUUGAAAACCUGGAAAGAUUGAAAGCAAAUUUGGAUGAAAUCGUUAAUCUCCAUUCAGAUGGGCCCCAUCCUGCACGUGAAGAUCGAACGAACACGCGGCAGAGCAGAGCCAGUGACCCUCAGCGGACAGACCGCAGCAGUUGGCCCAAGGACUGCAGCGAGGUCCCCGCUGGCAGCCCCAACGGCAUCUACGUCAUCCAGCCCAAGGGACUGCACCCCAUCGUGGUGUACUGUGAAGUGAAUGAGACGGACGGGGGCUGGACGGUCAUCCAGAGGAACCGGCAGAACACGGAGAUCACCUGGGCCGAGUCCUGGAGCACCUACAAGUACGGCUUUGGGAAUGUGCACACCGAGUACUGGCUGGGCACCGAGUACAUCCAUCAGAUCUCCAAGCAGAAGGUCUACCAGGUCAGGUUUGUCAUCUGGGAUGCUGCAAACAAUGCCACGUUUGCAGACUACAACCUCUUCAGCCUGGAAGAUGAGUCCCAGGGCUACCGGCUGAGGCUGGGAACGUACUCGGGGUUGGCAGGGGAUGCCAUGACCACAAACAGUGCUUCCACUGUGCACGACAACAUGAAGUUCUCCGCCAAAGAUCAGGAUCAGGACACUUACAGCGGGAACUGUGCCUCCAGCUACGGGGGCGGGUGGUGGUACUCGGCCUGUUACUCUGUACGGCUGAACGUCAAGGGGGCCAUAACGUGGGGCAGCCUGUGCAGCGGCAACUGCAAAGGCUCUGCCAUCCUCAUCAAACCAGCUUCCUACUGCUAG